UAUCUGAAAGUUGAAGUUGUCUUUAACCCUGAACGAGAAAGUUGUAAAUAAUUUCCCUUAGAAAAUCUACACAGUGAAUUCGUUAAGGGCUGAUGAUAAAUAAAAAGUGAAUUAAUGAUUAUAAAGUGAUUUCUGAAAGUGAUGGCUAACCUUAAAUGGUGUGCCGUAUGAAACAAAAAACUAUCAGUGCGCACGAUACCCCAACGCCAUUUUGAGGCGAAAUUUUGUAUAUAGCGGGUGGCGCAGAGGGAUGGCCCCAGAAGACGGGAGCGCCCUAAUCAACUGACGGACGUUGCCGGCUAACAGCUGGCGAGAGCAAUAAAAAUGCCACGACCUGGCAGCCUUAAGGAUCCAGACAUCGCCGAGUUAUUUAGUAAACAUGACCCCGACAAGAUCUUUGAGGAUCUACGGGAAAUCGGGCAUGGCUCCUUUGGUGCGGUAUAUUAUGCUCGAUGCAACCUCACCAAGGAAAUCGUGGCCAUCAAGAAGAUGUCGUACUUGGGAAAGCAGAGUGAAGAAAAAUGGCAAGACAUUCUGAAAGAAAUCAAAUUCCUGAAGCAGCUUGACCAUCCAAACACCAUAGAAUACAAAGGUUGCUACAAGCGCGAGCAUACGGCAUGGUUGGUCAUGGAGUACUGUGUUGGGUCCGCUUCUGAUAUUAUAGAGGUACAUAAACGGCCAUUGCGUGAGGAAGAAAUAGCUGCGAUAUGUGAAGGUGUGGUCUGUGGGCUGUCAUAUCUACACAGCCUCGGUCGCAUCCAUCGCGACAUCAAAGCGGGCAAUAUCCUUCUCACAGAGAAUGGAACAGUGAAACUAGCGGACUUCGGCAGCGCGAGUAUCAAGUGUCCUGCUAACAGUUUUGUUGGUACACCAUACUGGAUGGCGCCGGAGGUUAUACUCGCUAUGGAUGAAGGACAGUAUGAUGGCAAAGUUGACGUAUGGUCACUUGGUAUAACAUGUAUCGAGCUGGCAGAACGCAAACCACCCUAUUUUAAUAUGAAUGCCAUGUCUGCGCUUUAUCAUAUUGCACAGAAUGACUCGCCAACUUUACAAGCGCCGGAAUGGACCGAUACGUUUCGCUAUUUCGUUGAAGCGUGCCUACAGAAGAACCCACAAGAGCGGCCAUCAUCCACUAAGUUACUAUCCCACCAGUUUAUUUCACGACUACGCUCUCCACAUGUACUCGUCGACCUUAUACAGAGGACAAAGGCCGCAGUACGAGAUCUCGAUAACUUAAAUUAUAGGAAAAUGAAGAAAAUAUUGAUGGUGGAUGCAGAUAAUGAGAGUGCAAUUGGUGAUAGUGAGGAGACAGCUGAGGAAAGGUCAGGCGGCGACAGCUCGAAGUCAAACUCGGCGACGUCUGAACACAGCGCGGCCGGCGCCUCCAGCCAGAGCUCGUCAUCGGGCAGCCUGCGCCGACGACCACAUCCUUUGAACGCCAACCACCACAGUCAACACUCACAACAGCAGCCGUAUCAACAUCACAACCACCAGCAUUCCUCACAUUCUACCAGAGAGAGCGAGAGUACUCUGCCAGUGCACGACGACUACGUGAACCGCGACGCGUUGCGCGAUUACGCCAACCGCGACUCGCUCUGCGACGACUACAGCGACGACUACGCCAACAAGGAGGCCAUCCGAGAGGCGCAGCGCGAGCGCGAGCGCGAACGACACGCAGACUACCGCGAGUACGUCAACGCGCCCGCCGCCUGGCACGACGCCGGCGACGACAACCGCAACACGCAGCGCCGGCACACGCACAGAAGUGUAAGCAAUAAUGUGUCUGCGGCAAUGUCCCUAGUGUCCGAACACGGAGCCAACAAUUUCGCCACAAUACGAACAACUAGUAUUGUUACCAAACAGCAAAAGGAACACAACCAGGAAAUGCACGAGCAGAUGUCCGGAUACAAACGAAUGCGUCGCGAGCACCAGGCGGCGCUGCUGAAGCUGGAGGAACGGUGCAAGGCAGAUGUGGACGCGCAUAAGGCGCAACUCGACCGCGAGUAUGACACGCUGCUAUUACAACUCUCUAGGGACCUCGAGCGACUCCAGACACGGCACGGACAAGAACUCGAACGCAAGCAGAAGCAAAGCACGGCCGCAGAAAAGAAGUUGUUCAAGGACAUCACGGCACGGCAAGAACAAGAGCGGAAGGCGUUCGAGACGCAGCGUAAGCGCGAAUAUAAGGCCAACAAGGAGCGCUGGAAAAAGGAACUCAGUAUGGACGAUGCCACGCCUAAGCGGCAACGGGACGCCACUCUACAGUCACAAAAAGUCAGCCUAAAGCAAGCGGAGGCGGCGGAAGAGGCGAGGCUAGUUCGGUCGCAGCGCGAGUACCUGGAACUUGAGGUGCGGCGCUUCUGUCGCCGGCGCAUGCUCGCAUUACAUCACAAGGAGCAAGAACUGUUACGAGAGGAGUUGAACAAAAGACAAAAUCAGCUGGAUCAGGCUCACGCGAUGCUGCUACGACAUCACGAAAAGACGCAGGAUCUGGAGUAUCGCCAGCAGAAGGGCGUGCAUGCGCUUAGGGAAGAGCAACUGUCGAACCAGCAUGCGACCGAGCUGGCUAACCAGCGCGAGUACAUGCAGCGAGCCGAGCAUGAACUGCGCAAGAAACAUGCAUUACAACUCAAACAGCAACCUAAGAGCCUCAAGCAAAAGGAAAUGCAGAUUCGUAAGCAGUUCCGAGAGACUUGCAAAAUACAAACGCGUCAGUACAAGGCACUCAAGGCGCAAAUAUUGCAAAAUACUGCUAAGGAACAACAAAAGGAAGUAAUAAAGACUCUAAAGGACGAGAAACGACGCAAGUUAGUUUUACUAGGUGAACAGUAUGAUCAGAGCAUCACAGAGAUGCUACAAAAACAAACCGUCAGAUUGGAUGAAAGCCAAAUGAUGGAGUGCCAACAGUUGAAAAUGCAGCUGGAACAUGAGCUAGACAUGCUGACGGCAUACCAGAGCAAGAGUAAGAUGCAAGCUGAGGCGCAGCGGAAUAGGGAACGACGCGAACUGGAGGACCGCGUCGCUGUGCGGAGGGCGCUGCUUGAGCAGAAGAUGGAGUCGGAAUCGGCGCAGUUCCUAGCGGAGCGUGCGGAAAGAACACGUGAUUUGCACGAGCGGCACGAACGCAACCUCGCACAGUUUGACGGCGAGAGCACACGUCUUGGCUUCAGCGCUCUGGCGAUCGCAGAGGGUAGCCGCGAGGGUUAUGGCGACGAGGAGCAAUCACUGUCCGGCUCCAUGCUAUCGCUGGCCCACAGCAACUCGUCGGCCAGUUUCCCAGCUGGUUCACUCUAACCGCUCAAUCGUUCGACCGCUACACCGCUCGCGACGCUACAUACGACAUCCGAUUGACCGGUAAUGCUGUUGCCAAAUCUCUACUCAUUUAAAAUUAUAAUGGCAGUAAUAGUAGUUUCUCAGCACUGAAUUUUGUUACCACUGAUUUAUA